GGGCCUCCAGCUGCUGGCACCCCAGCCCUGAGCUCCAGGCCCUUCUGGGAAUGGCCUGGGCUGAAGAGAGCACCCUGGCUGCAGUCAAGCCCCCUCUGCUCAGGAAUGUCACCGAGGGAUUGGCCCCUGUGCCUGGGUUCGGCCUACCUGGUAGCAGCCCCAAGGGCCAAGAGGCUUCCUGUCUGAGAGGUGGAAUUAAGCUGGGCAAUCAUCUGUGGGCUGCCUGCCUCCUCCACCCCCCUGCACCCUCCUCUCCCUCCUGCAUCCCCUGCCCCCCACUCCACCCCAUGGCCAGGUUGCCCUGACAAGCCGCUGGCCCUUGAGUGUGGCCCUUCUCCUCCCAGGCCCUCUGGCCUUAUGUGCUCAGUAGAGGUCCCAGGGCAGAAGAGUGGCUCUGCAGCGAAAGACACACCUUUGGGGUGACCUCCCAGAACGCUUUUGUGAGCACUAAAGACAUCAGCCCAUCCAGAUUCAGGCCUCGUGCUUCUGUGCCCAGGACCUGGCGUUCCUGAGCAAGCGAGAGUUGAUGGGGUCCUGUGGAACAAGGCCUUCAACCCCUGUCAGAUGCAGCAGAAGCCAGUCUGCCUUCUCUUCCUUGCUGGAGAGGCAGCUGGCUACUGUUUCGACAUUGCUCUCCGGGAGAAGUGCUACCUUGUAUUGAGCUUGAGUCCACAUUUCCAGAAGCUUCUACCACUCAGCCCUUUCUUCUCCCUCCACCCUGAGAGGCCCAGCAGCCUCUGUUCCCAUCCCAGCUCCCGGUCUUUCUGGUGGAGGAUGCCUGGGAGGUGCCACGACCUGGGGUGGCAUGCACAGGGAGGCUGCAGCCUCUUCGGCAGCCGUCUCCACGAGCUGAGGGCUGGCCAGCAGGGCCUCUGUGGAGGAGGAUGGAUCCCACGACCCCUUAGGAUGGUCUUCUCCCCUCAGGGCCCUGGCAAUCCCUCCAUGUCCCACCCCCUGCCACUGACAGAGCUACUGAGUUGGGGGAAGUGCUGCUUAGAGUAUUGGCUUCAUCGGGCCGGGUGGAGAAGGGGAAUUUUCCAGAGUACACAGGAGCUGGUGAGGAUAUGGGGAGGCUGGGGGAGGCCACCACACUGCCGUGGUUUCUCCCGCCAAAUUCCCCAGUCCUAGGAAAGAUCCACAGGAAAACCCACAAGAAUUUGAACGUCUGAGCUGGGGCUGUGAUGGAAAUGAAAUUUUUUAAAAAGAAAGAAAAACAAAAAUAGAAAAAAAAGAUUUAAAAAAACAACCCAACUUCAGCUGCCAGAAGGGCCCAAGGCAGCAGCCACGUCGGAAGGAGGAGGGGGCCUUAAGGUGCUUUGCACAUCACUGGGCCCCUGGGCCCCCGGGCUGGGGCUGUCCCUUCAGCUCCAGUUCCUUAGACUAGCUUGGAAUUCCAUCCGUUCCUUUGGGAGGGCAUCAGGCUCUGCCUCACAAGGCCGGGCUGGGGUCCCUUCCUGUUAGCCCAGACUCCUACCGACACUCAAACGACUGCAGUUGCCUCCUGCCAGGUCCCUAGGUCUCCUCGCCUCUAGACCUGACCCCUGAUCCUACCCUUCAGGAGAUGGCAGGGCAGGGCACAGAGGAGGGAUAGCCCCUGGAGGGGACUGAGGAGGGCCGGCAGCAGCUGCCUGCCGCUGGCUCCCCACUCCCUUGGCACCAGCCGCUCUCUGCCUCCCUCCUACCUCAUCUGAUCCACAGGCCCCAGGGAUGGGGGCCUUCACUGAACUGGGGGCUUCGGAAGUCUGGGGGAGGACGGGCUGACAAAUUUCAUUGCAGAUGCACUGAGUUUGCGGGGCCUGAGAGAUGCAAAGAAAUUUGUAAGUGGACAGGGCAGAAAAGAGCCACAGAAUCUUCCACUAAGGUCAAAGACAGACAGACUGGGGGGGAGAGGGAGGGGGAAGUAGGAGGACCCAGCAUAAUAAUAGUGAACAUGUACAUAGUUCUUUUUAUGUGCCAGGCAUUGUCCUAGGUAUUUCAAAGGAAUUAUUACCUCAUUCCAUCCUGACAGCAACUUAAUGAGGUAAGUGCUCUCAUUAUCCCCCUUAGGUGAGGGCAAGGAAGCACAGAGAGGUUAGGUAACCUGGCCAAAGUCACACAGUUAGUGAGUGGUGACGCUAGAUUCGAACUCAAGAAACUUUCCUCUAACUACAGCCAUGUGGGAAACAGGAGAUAGAGCCCGGUGCUGGGAGAUGGGAGGCUCAAGUCACAGUUCCGUCCUGCGCCCAAGGCUCCUCUUCAUCCUCCAGGGGAGAACCCGACCAAGGCAGGAGCGCCCUCUCCUGGAAGAGGCUCGCCCUGACGCGCCCUGCGCCCCGCCGCCAGCAGGGGCGACGCGGGCCAGACGGGCGACAGAGAGGCAGCUCCGUCCCGCCCUCUUCCGCGGGCCGGCGUCCCAGGCGGCGCCGAGGCGCGGAGCCGCGGCCUCAGGGGCAGGCGCGGUGGGGGAGGGGGGCCGCCGCGGCCGCGCGCUCCAGCCCUGGGCCCGGUCCCGCCCCGCCCCGCCCCGCCCCGCCCCGCCCCGCCCCGCGCAGGCAGGUGGGCGGGAGGAUCGCGGGGCUUGCGCGUGAUUGGCAGUCGGGCCGGCCAGUGAGUCCGCGGCGUGGGCGGGGCGCGGCUGGAAUCGCGAAACAUGGCCGGGCUAGGCGCUGGCGGCCGCGGCGGCGGCUCCUGCGGCUGCUGCGAGGACGAGAGCGACGGCGGCAUGUUCGAGGCGGCCGUGGAGGUGUUCGCGAAGCUGAAGGACCUCAACUGCCCCUUCCUCGAGGGUCUUUACAUCACAGAGCCAAAGACUAUUCAGGAACUGCUGUGCAGCCCCUCGAAGUACCGCUUGGAAAUCCUGGAGUGGAUCUGUACACGGGCCUGUCCCUCCUGGCAGGACAAGUUGAGCUCGCUGAAGGCGACCCCGGCUGAGGUGAAGAUCCAAGAGAUGGUGAAAUUAGGCCAUGAGCUGAUGUUAUGUGGGCCGGAUGACCAGGAGCUCCUGAAGGGCCGGGCUUGUGCCCAGAAGCAGCUGUACUUCCUGGACCAGCUGCUGGAUGUGAUCCGGAGCUUGACCAUCGGAUGUUCCAGUGCGAGGGAGCACUUUGAAGACACCAGGGAGAAAAAUGAGGUGCUGCUGGGGGAGCUCUUCUCCAGCCCCCACCUGCAGAUGCUCCUGAGCCCCGAGUGUGACCCGUGGCCCCUGGACAUGCAGCCUCUCCUUGACGAGCAAAGUGACGAUUGGCAGAGGGUCGGCCCCUCUGUUGAGUCGGAGGAGAAGGUGGUGGAGCUGGUCAGGCAGCUGCAGGAGAGCACUGUUAAGCUGCAGGCACUCAGGGUAGAGCACAAGCAAGGGGCCGAGGUGAGCGGGGCUGACGCCAGCACCCUGGACCAGAAGCUGCGCCUGGUCAUCUCUGACUUCCACCAGCUCAUCGUGGCUUUCCUCCAAGUCUACGACGAUGAGCUGGCUGAGUGCUGCCGGCGCCCAGGUCCCUACCUCCACCCAUGUGGCCCCAUCGUCCGGGCCGUGUACCAGGCUCUGACAUCGUGCAACCAGCUGUUGAAAGCGGUCACGGAGGUCACUGGCACCUGGGCGGAAGCCAUGGAGAUGGUGAAGCAGCAGCAGGGUGAGCAGAUCUUUUGGGGCAGCAGCUCUGGGAUGAGUCUAGCCACCAAAAUGGAAGAACUAACCCAGAAAUACAAGAUCUUCGAUGCCGGUUUGCACAAAGGCACAGAGUUGGCUGGGAGCAGGAGGCUCCGACCCAGAGAUACAGGCAGCUGGGAAGGGCCGAGCCAGCAUCAGGAGAAGCAGUUACAGCCCCCGUGUUCUUUGGGCACAGCCUCCAAAUGCCUGGCGCCUUCGGCUCCUUGGGAGGUGGAAGGAGUCAGGGGGCAGAGGUGGGGCAGGGCGGUGUGAGCU